AUGGACGACACACUAGUAAACACUGCAGCGUAUCACGUUCGGGAUCAAGACAACCAUGAUAUCGCCACAGGCAGCAGAGCGGGGCCUGCAGAAAGUCGACAUGGGCCCUUUACUCGAAGUGUCGAAUCGCAGCAGAAAGAGCGCGCUCAGGAGCGCGGCGUACGGCUAAAGAAAGACUUCUUGGAUAUUCUGUACGACUUCCGUCAUCGCGAAUCCCUGGAUCCAGGGGACAAGAUAUAUGCGAUGAUAAGGCUUGCAGAAGGACGCAAGAUGGAACGAAUUGAAGUCGACUUUAGUCUGUCGACAGAAGACGUACACGACGGAGUCAAGAAAGUGAUACAGCAGUCUUACCCCGGAUUGGACUUGUAUGUUGCAAUAUAG